UUGGAACCGCACGAGUUCGCCAGCAGCUGGAAUACAAAUGACAACUAUUGGCUGUGCAGCAAUGGCUCUCCAGACCCCCCUGUGUGUGACUCAGACCUGGAGAAUGCUGCAUACACAGAGUGCAGUGCAUUGUUUGGAGAUGUUUUCACAGAAUGCCACUGGUUUGUUCCACCUCAGAUCUACGUAACAAGCUGCAUUACUGAUUAUUGUACUUACCAGGGGGAUACAUCUCAACUCUGCACCUCUUUUGAGGACUAUGUGUCUGCCUGUGAGGUGGCUGAGGUGUUUCUAACAGACUGGAGAAAUCACACUUUCUGUGAUUUGGAUCCUUUACUACCGUCAACAAAUGCACCCAAACCAACCUCGCUGCCUGAAAGCUGCAGGUGGAGCUGCAACUUUGACCAGGAUGAUUGUGGGUGGGAACAACUCAUCCAGGACAGUUUUGAUUGGACUAGAUGGUCGGGGUCUACGCCAUCAGAACUCACCGGGCCGACCGGUGACCACACCACAGGAAACGGCUUCUACAUGUAUAUUGAGGGAGACAGUGUGCUUCAUGGUGACUCGGCCCGUAUGAUGACUCCUGUCUGCUACACCUUUGAAAAGCAGUGUGUGAGUUUCUGGUAUCACAUGUAUGGUCCGGCGAAUGUUAUGGCACUCAACCUUUACCUGUUUGAGAACAACCGCGCAGUCAAACUAUGGUCCAAAACCAAUAACCAAGGCAAUCGCUGGUUCCAAGCCAAGGUUGAAAUCAAACCACAAGCAGCUUUUCAGAUAAUCGUGGAGGGCAUUAGGGGUUCAGAUCCUCGCUCAGAUGUGGCCAUAGAUGACGUGGUCAUAAGGUAUGGUGAAUGUGAAGAUAUUCCCGGAGAUGACUUUGACACGACCACUCUGGAACCCCCUCGGACUAGUUCAAAUUCAGUCAUCCCCCAUCCAGUUUGUGGCCUGAACUGUGAUUUUGAGAGUGAUAUCUGCAGUUGGACUCAGUUGCUGACUGACGUUUUUGAUUGGACAAGACAGAUAGGCUCCACCCCAACAUUAAAGACUGGUCCUUCCUCUGACCACACAACAGGAAGUGGCUACUACAUAUACAUCGAGGGAGAUAGUGCCACUCACGGUGACACGGCACGCCUCCUCAGUGCAGAAUGCACUGACAUUCAACCCCAGUGUCUUCAGUUUUGGUACCACAUGCACGGUGCCAGCAGCACCAUGGGGCUGAGCGUCUACCAGUUUGAGGGUAAUUUGGCCCAGGAGGUGUGGAGGAGGAGAGAUAACCAUGGAGACAUGUGGCAUCAUGCGCUGGUGGAUCUGAGGCCGACUGUUAAGUUUCAUGUGAUCUUUGAGGGGCGUAGAGGAAGCACAGCCCUGUCAGAUGUUGCCAUUGAUGAUGUCUCUCUGCACCGUGGAACCUGUGAUGAUUUAGUAAACCAGGUGAAACCAACAACUCCAGGCCCGUUGCCACCAACAGUGCAUACUACAGCCAGACCCAUCCAAACUACAUCUGCAUCUGUUGAAACUACGUCCAGACCUACCCAAACCACAGCUGAACCUGUUCACACUACUACCAGACCCGUCCAAACCACAUCUGAACCCGUCCAAACCACAGCUGAACCCGUUCAAACUACUACCAGACCCGUCCAAACCACAGCUGAACCCGUUCAAACUACGACCAGACCAGUCCAAACCACAGCUGAACCCGUUCAAACUUCGACCAGACCCGUCCAAACCACAGCUGAACCCGUUCAAACUUCGACCAGACCCGUCCAAACCACAGCUGAACCUGUUCAAACUUCGACCAGACCCGUCCAAACCACAGCUGAACCUGUUCAAACUUCGACCAGACCCGUCCAAACCACAGCUGCACCCGUUCAAACUACGACCAGACCUGUUCACACCACAGCUGAACCCGUUCAAACUACGACCAGACCCGUCCAAACCACAGCUGAACCCGUUCAAACCACGACCAGACCCGUCCAAACCACAGCUGAACCCGUUCAAACUACGACCAGACCCGUCCAAACCACAGCUGAACCCGUUCUAACUACGACCAGACCAGUCCAAACCACAGCUGAACCCGUUCAAACUACGACCAGACCCGUCCAAACCACAGCUGAACCCGUUCAAACUACGACCAGACCCGUCCAAACCACAGCUGAACCCGUUCAAACCACGACCAGACCCGUCCAAACCACAGCUGCAACCGUUCAAACUACGACCAGACCCGUCCAAACCACAGCUGAACCCGUUCAAACUACGACCAGACCUGUCCAAACCACAGCUGCACCCGUUCAAACUACGACCAGACCUGUUCACACCACAAAUGAAUCUCUCCAAACUACAGCUGGACCUAUUCAAACUACAGCAUCAACACCCUCUUGCCCCAUAAACAGUCAUUACACCGACUGCAUUCCUGCCUGCGAGCCUACAUGUUCACACCUGCACGGCCCGCCGAACUGUAACACAGAAGAGCCGUGCGUGCAGGGGUGUGUGUGCGACGACGGCUUUGUGCUUAAACAGCGCACGUGCGUGCCCAUCAGUGAGUGCGGUUGCAAAGACAGUCACGGCAAUAUUCACAGCUUUGGUGAGGUCUGGUAUGGCAGCCAUUGCUCACAGAGAUGCGAGUGUGAGGACGAUGGGGAGAUAGAAUGUGAAGAUUAUGAAUGUGAUGGAAAUGAGAUAUGUCACGUGACUGAACAGGGGCAGCAUAUGUGCCAGAAAGCUGCGUUCAGCAAAUGUACAAUCGAUGAUGACCCGGAGUACAGAACUUUUGACAAGAUGAAGCACAAGUUUAAAGGCAAAGAUUCCUACAUCCUGGUCCAAACCACCAACCUCCCCAGCAACAUCCCCGAUGUUUAUGUGGUCACGGUCAACAAAAAAGUCAAAGACAAGAGCAGCGAGGAAGACAGCAGUGAGGAGGACGAUGAUGAUGGUCGUCUGCGUGCUAUCAGAAUCAGGGUCUAUAACCACACAGUGGACUUUAAAAAGGGCCGUAAAAUUAUGGUAGAUGGUUUAAGCGUUCAAGCUCCUAUCUCCCCCUCCGGAGGAAUCAAGAUUUGGGAUCGCUCUUCUCGAGUUUUUCUGAAGACUGACUUUGGCCUCUUUGUGGAGUUCGAUGGCAAACACAAGGCAGAGAUCACUCUUUCCCACGUGUAUAAAAUAAAGAUCGGAGGUCUCUGUGGAAAUUUUGACGCUGUGGGGAAAAAUGACAUGAUGAAGCCAAACGGGGAGCAGGCAAGGAAUGUGAAGGAAUUCGGAGAGAGCUGGAGAGUGACAGACAGACGGAGGCAGUUCAUUCUUUAAGAAAAAUUGCUUCAGGAGCUGAAAGAUUCGCCAUCAGCUAUCCAGCAUCUGACAUCACUAUGGACUUCCUUACUAAGCUGACACAUUACUUAAACUAGCUAGGGGUGUUUGUGUGCAACAUAUUCAUUUCUUAACAUGUCUUACAAAAAAAGUAUUCCCAUAAUUAUAGAAUGCCUCUAAAUGAACAGUAACAUGCAACUACUCUUAUGUUUGGGGCUGAUAUCUUAACACCCAAAUUGUUAAUGAAUAUUAAUUUGUUAGGAAUGUUUAUUUUAUUUGAAAAUGAUAAAUAAAGUUAGAUGUACAG